UUUUUUUUCUAUAUUUCUUGAAGAGCACUUAAUACAUUAGUACUUACAGCAAAUUUUUCUCCCUUCUCUCUCUCUUUGAUUUCAUUAUAUCUUUAAAUAAUAAUAAUAAUAAUAAAAAAAAUGAGUUUAGCUUUUGAAUCACCUACACGAGGAAAUGGAUCUAAUGAAGCUUAUUUUACUCCCCUGAACAUGCCGACCAUUUUGAACAAUAAUAAUAGCAACACUACUACAGAAGAAGCCAAUGCAACUGUCACAAGUUCAAGCUCAGCAGUCAAUACACCUUAUUAUACAGCACCUAUUAAUCCUGUACUUCACCAAGAAUUUUUAAAUGCCAUUCAAGCUCGACAUGCAACACAAACUACGGUCUUGACACCUACUUCUCUUUCACCUUCUAUGAAUAGUAAUGUAUUUAAUUUAAACAUGGGUGCACUUUCAAAUCGUAGACAACCAACAGCAACUUGUAAUAAUAAUAAUAAUAAUAAUCAAGUUUUACCUAUUGACGUUGCAAAUUUAAACCAGCUCUUAAACAAUAAGACUCAAUUACUUGUUUUAGACGUACGUUCUUUUGUUCAAUAUUCUCAUUCUCGUAUUUGUAAUUCUAUCAAUAUUUCUAUACCUAAUACAAUUCUCAAAAGACCUACGUUCACACUUGAUAAAGUUUAUGAAGCCAUCGUUUUGGAUCAAGCUCGUAAAAGAUUGAAGUCCUGGGAAUCAGCAGAAUAUAUUGUUUUUUAUGAUCAACAAUCCGAAGUUUUACAGGAAAAUAGUGCAUCUGCUUACUUGGGUGCUAAAUUAGUUCGAGCAGGCUUUAAAGGAAAAUUAUAUUAUUUGAAAGGUGGAUUUGACGCAUUUUCAAGUAUGUUUAAAGAUAAUUGUGAAUCUAAUGCAACUUCAUCUCAACCACCUAAGAAUAGUUUUAGUCCACCCACCAUUGUAGGAAAUAGUUUUUCUUUAAAGUUACCCUCUAAGAUGGUUAAUAAUGGAAACGGAAAUGGAGGAGUAAGACCCAAUUUGAGAUUAAAUAGUAUGCCUCCAUUAGGUCCUUUUACAGCCCCAAUGCCACAGUUUGAAAAUCAAGCAUUUAAUCCUUUCUUUUCUAAUAUACGUCAAAAUCUGGAACUAUCACAUGGGCCGAUUCGUGAAAGAUUUCCUGUUAGACUUCCCUCUAGGUGUAACAUAGAUCCAAUGAAUCAUGAUCGUGUCUUAUACGGUAAUCAUUGUUUACCUAGAUGCGUUGCAGGCGGUCAUCUAAAAGAAGAAAAAUAUUUCCAAGCACCUGAAUGGUUACAGCGUACUAUAAGAGAAAAUGGAGCACAAAUCUUAGCUGAGACAUAUGAAAAACUUGAAAGAACAGAACAAAGAAGACUACAAAAUAUUAUGCAUUUUCAUUCAAAACAUACAGAUGAUCCGAAUGAAUUUCCUUUUAGUAUUGUAGCAGGAAUUGAAAUGGGAGCAUUAAAUCGAUAUACUAAUAUUUGGCCAUUUGAAUAUACGCGAGUUAAACUACGUGAAAGUAAAAAUAAAUGCUCGGAUUAUAUCAAUGCAAGCUAUGUGCAGUAUAUAGAUAGUGAUGAAAUUGCAAGUGAUGCUCAACCAGAUCGAACGAAUACAAAAUGUGUUAAUAUAAUGAGAGAAUGUCCAUAUAAAAAUACACAGCCUUAUCGUCGAUAUAUUUCCACUCAAGGCCCAUUGCCAGCUACAUUUAAUGAUUUUUGGCAAGUCGUUUGGGAACAAAAUUCUCGUGUCUUGGUGAUGUUAACUAAAGAAGAAGAAAUGAACAAGAUUAAAUGCCAUCGCUAUUGGCCAACUGACAUAAAUACACCUACUCAAUAUGGUGAGUUUUCCAUUACUUUAACGAGCGAAGACAUACAACAAGUCAUAAAUACAAAAGAAGAUGAAACUGCUCAUGAGGAUGACGUAAUGAUAAUUCGAAAGUUAACCAUAACCAAGGGAGACGUGAGUCGAACGGUAACUCAUUUGCAAUAUACGGGCUGGAUGGAUUUCGGAGUUCCUGAUAACCCAAUGGGCACACUUCAGAUCAUUCAACUGGCAGACAAAACUCAGUCAGAUUAUGAUAAAAGUUUAACUGAUCAAGUAGGUCCAAUGAUUGUUCAUUGUUCAGCUGGCUGUGGACGUUCAGGAGCAUUUUGUGCUAUUGAUACUGUCUUGUAUCGUUUAAGGAAUAUGAAGAAAGAUGAUAAUUAUGACUCUGACAUUUUACUUCAAACCAUAUCUCGAUUUAGAGAACAAAGGCUAAGUAUGGUACAAACGUUAAGACAAUUUGUAUUUUGUUAUGAAGCCAUUUGGUGGUGGUUUCUUGGUUAUGGCGAAGAAAAUAAUUCUUCAAAAGUGAUUGAAAAUCAAAUGGAUACCUCCUUAUAACAUAGAUUAUAGGCAAAAAAAAAA